AUGUCCUUCAAGGGCCACGAUACACAACCAGUUACACAUUCGGCAUUUGUGCCUGGUCUUGCGAGUGUGCCUUGGAAAUCGGAGACUUUGAAUGCCGGUUUGAGACACAGGCUGAACGGCGACUCGCUACACCGAACUUUGCUCACAGUCGAGCAUGUUCAGCGCGCACAGAAUGUGCGAAUACUCACAUCAUGGCACACUGUGAAAUUGGAAGCAGCGUACAGCAGUCGUUCGUCAUCACAGUGCAUCCAAUUGAGUCGCAUCGAAGCAAGCUGCGCCGAUUUCUUCGUACAGUUCACAGGAUGCUACGAAUCGUGGACCAAGAACAUGGAGGAGCAGUCGUAUCGCAUGCGCAAGUCCGACAUCGUCACUCGACACAUCACAGAAAGUGUGGGCCAUCGUCUUCUCCACGCACAACAACCGAGACCGGCAUGGAGGAGCAAGCUGAAAGAGGUGGGGUCACCCACGCAGCGAUUUUACUGUGGCUUUGUCGACCAGCGAUCUAACAUGUACGAAUCGCGGGUUGCGAACUAA